AUGACCAUGUGCCUCAUAAGCAACGCCAGUAGAAAUCAGAACCUCUCACCUCCACUGACAGUUACAAAGGGCGGGCCGGUGGAGAUCCUGCCGUUCCUCUACCUGGGCAGCGCCUACCACGCCUCCCGCAAGGACAUGCUGGACGCGCUGGGCAUCACGGCGCUGAUCAACGUCUCGGCGAACUGCCCCAACCACUUCGAGGGGCACUACCGGUACAAAAGCAUCCCCGUGGAGGACAACCACAAGGCAGACAUCAGCUCCUGGUUUAACGAGGCGAUCGAUUUCAUCGACUCUGUUAAAAAUGAUGGAGGAAGGGUAUUUGUGCACUGUCAGGCUGGCAUUUCCCGGUCAGCAACCAUCUGCCUUGCUUAUCUCAUGAGGACCAACAGAGUCAAACUGGAUGAAGCCUUUGAGUUUGUAAAGCAGAGAAGAAGCAUCAUCUCGCCAAACUUCAGCUUCAUGGGGCAGCUGCUUCAGUUUGAGUCGCAGGUCCUAGCCCCCAACUGCUCAGCAGAAGCUGGGAGCCCUGCUAUGGCAGUAUUGGACAGAGGAGCAUCGACCACCACGGUCUUUAACUUUCCAGUCUCCAUCCCUGUUCACACCUCAUCCAGUGCUUUAAGCUAUCUUCAGAGCCCCAUCACCACUUCCCCAAGCUGCUAAAAAGUGGGUGAAAAUAUGGCC